UGUAAACAGACGCGCGCAGUCAUGACCCACGACUGUCAGUGAUAACACGAUGUUUCCUUGUGCCUAAUUGAUGUUUUCUACUCUUCCACGAGGAUGCGGCACUUAUGUGGCCUUCGAGAGGUUUACUCUACCUAACUGCGUUAAGAAGUCAAGCAGAAAUUAAACCUUGUACAUCGGGAGCCGCGGAGAAGCGCUAUGCCGAGGCGGAAGAGAAAUGCUGGCAGCAGCUCUGAAGGCACAGAGGACUCAGACUUCUCGGCUGAACACACAGACAGUUCAGAGAGUGAAGCUCACGCGGUUCAAAACACUCGCCUCACUCGCUCCUCACUGAGACUCAGCCGCAGCUCGCAAGAUGCCAGUCCCGUGAGGAACCCGACUGCCCCAGUUUCAGAGGAGGUGGUGAACUAUUCCACCCGUCGAGUCACUCGUAGUCAACAGCAGGGGGCGACGGUCUUGCCCAAGAAAUACCCCUUGAGGCAGAGUCGCUCUUCUGGCUCAGACACGGAGCAGCAUGGGGAAAUCUCAGAGAGGGACGUUAAACAAAGUGCAGACCAUGAUGAGUCCCCACCGCGGACCCCCACAGGCAAUGCUCCCUCCUCUGAGUCUGACAUUGACAUGUCCAGCCCAAACGUGUCUCAUGAUGAGAGUCUGGCUAAAGAACUGUCACUGAAAGAAUCAAGCCUCGCACAUCGGCCCAAGCGACGCCGCUUUCAUGAGAGCUACAACUUUAACAUGAAGUGCCCCACACCUGGCUGCAAUUCACUUGGACAUUUGACAGGGAAGCAUGAAAGACACUUUUCAAUAUCUGGAUGUCCACUGUACCAUAACCUUUCAGCAGAUGAGUGUAAGGUGAAGGUGAGCUCUCGAGACAAACACGUGGAGGAGAGGACACUUUCACAGCGGCAGGACGAAAACCGCCAUUCAGUUCGACAGCAGGCCCAAACCGAGCGACAGCUGCGCUAUAAGGAGAAGGUGACAGAGAUGAGGAGGAAGAGAAACUCUGUUCCUCCAAAAGAGCAAAAAGACAAGUUCACAGAGCACAGACAGACCCACAGCAGCAGUCGUGAGCCUCUACUGGAGAACAUCACUAGUGAUUAUGACCUGGAGCUCUUUAGAAAAGCGCAGGCACGUGCCUCGGAUGAUCUUGAAAAACUGCGGCUUCAGGGACAGGUGACAGAGGGAGGCAACAUGAUCAAGACCAUUGUGUUCGGCCGCUAUGAGUUGGACACGUGGUACCAUUCGCCAUACCCUGAAGAGUACGCUCGCCUCGGCCGCCUCUACAUGUGCGAGUUCUGCCUCAAAUACAUGAAAAGCCAGACCAUCCUGAGGCGUCACAUGGCCAAAUGUGUGUGGAAACAUCCACCAGGUGAUGAGAUUUACAGAAAAGGGGCGAUAUCUGUUUUUGAAGUCGACGGCAAAAAGAACAAGAUUUAUUGUCAAAACCUUUGUCUCCUUGCCAAACUCUUCCUCGACCACAAGACAUUGUACUACGAUGUGGAGCCGUUCCUCUUUUAUGUGAUGACGGAAGCUGAUAACACCGGCUGCCAUCUUGUUGGGUAUUUCUCCAAGGAAAAGAACUCAUUCCUGAACUACAACGUCUCCUGCAUACUGACCAUGCCGCAGUACAUGAGGCAAGGCUAUGGCAAGAUGCUGAUUGAUUUCAGUUAUCUGCUGUCUAAAGUGGAGGAGAAGGUUGGUUCACCUGAGCGGCCUCUGUCUGACCUCGGCCUCAUUAGUUACAGGAGUUACUGGAAAGAAGUGCUGCUGCGGUACCUGCACAACUUCCAGGGCAAAGAGAUCUCCAUCAAAGAAAUCAGUCAAGAAACUGCAGUCAAUCCUGUAGACAUUGUCAGCACUUUACAGUCGCUCCAGAUGCUGAAGUACUGGAAAGGGAAGCACCUGAUCUUAAAAAGACAGGAUCUAAUUGAUGACUGGAAAACCAAAGAGGCUAAACGUGGGAGCAACAAGACUAUUGACCCCACGUCCCUGAAGUGGAGUCCACCCAAAGGAACAUAAAACGACCUUCUGCAUGCUCCUCACUGUCUGCUGUAGUUUAGCAGGUCUUGGUAGAAUAGCUCAAGUAAGUCCAAACUGUAGCGCCUUUGUCUCAUGAUGCAGUUUGAAGGUUUCAGUAACCUGAACUGUCCUGUACUAGUUUCAGAAACAUGGUUGACACAUUUCAACAUUCGCUGCAUUACUGCUGCAUAUUAGAUGCCUGACCUGACCUAAUAUUUCCGGUAAAGUCUCAGUGUUUGACGCUCAAACAGCAGUUGUUUUAGUCACAGCAGAACAUACUGCUGAUCUCUAUUUUAGGGAAUUUACAGUUUGACUUCAAUAUUUAUGUGAAAAAACAUUACAGUGUAACUGUAAACUGUAGUUUUAUGAGCUAAGAAGCUCAACUCUUCUGAUUUGGUUGGCUUGUCGUUAUUUUUAGUUCCUCUAAACCAGAUAUGUAUUUCCAGACCUGUUUGACAUUAGCCAAAGUCAUUGCACUAAGUAAAAAGAUUAUUUUAUUAGCUCAAGCGAGACUAUCUUGUAUUUUGGAAGAGACACAUUGCAGUGAAUGUGGUAUAUUAAUUCUUUAUUGUCAUAUAUUAUUUUUUCAAAAGUCAAAUAACUAUUAAGUGGAAGCUUCACUUAGUUUAUGCUAGCAUGUGUUGGCUAUAUAUUGCAGCAAACGCAUCAUUUGUGAUCCGUCAGAGUAGCUUAAUUUAGCUCAGAAUUACCUUCAUGCACCUGUAGACUCCACAUAGUGGAUUUAACAGACUAUACUAUGAUAUGCCAGUAGCAUGAUUGCACUUCAUUUUCUAUGUUUCUCCUUCGAAAUAAAUUGAACCACUGUUUAGACCAA